AUGACGGAGUGCGGCAGCCUCCCCCGCCCUCCCCCUCGCUCCUCCGCCGCCCCCCUCCUCCCUCCGGACCCCAUCGACAUCAUCCGCACCAAGGCGCGGUCGCGGCGCGUGCACCUGAACGUGGGCGGCUUGACGCAUGAGGUUCUGUGGAGGACCCUGGACCGCCUUCCCCGGACCCGCUUGGGACAACUGCGGGACUGCAACAACCACGAGUCCCUGCUGGAGGUCUGCGAUGACUACAACCUGCCAGAGAACGAGUAUUUCUUCGACCGUCACCCCAUGGCCUUCUCUUCCAUCCUAAACUUUUACCGAACAGGCAAACUGCACAUGAUGGAGGAGAUGUGUGCACUCUCCUUCGGCCAGGAGCUGGACUACUGGGGUGUGGAUGAGAUCUACCUGGAGUCCUGCUGUCAGGCCAGGUACCACCAGAAGAAAGAGCAGAUGAAUGAGGAGCUGAGGCGAGAGGCCGAGACGUUGAGGGACCAGGAAAUGCCCGAGGAGGAGAAAGGCUGCUGUCCGGAGCAGAGGCAGAAGCUGUGGGACCUGCUCGAGAAGCCCGGGUCGUCUGUGGCCGCCAAGGACCAGAGCAGCUGCUUUGAGGACCGGGUUUGGCCCCCUGUACAAGUUGUACAGACCUGUUUUAAAAGCUGUCUCGGCCCCAGUCUCGACCCCAGACUCAGCACCAGACUCGGCACCAGACUCAGCCCCAGACUUUCCCCAGUCUCUGCCCCAGACUUAGCCCCAGUCUCGGCCCGGGACUCAGCACCAGACUCAGCCCCAGACUUUGCCCCAGACUUUGCCCCAGACUCGGCACCAGACUCAGCCCCAGACUUGGCCCCAGACUUUGCCCCAGACUCGGCACCAGACUCGGCCCCAGACUCGGCCCCAGACUCAGCACCAGACUCUGCACCAGACUUGGCCCCAGGCUCGGCCCCAGACUCAGCCCCAGACUUGGCUCCAGAUUCAGCCGCAGACUCGGCCCCAGACUCAGCCCCAGACUCAGUCCCAGACUUGGCCCCAGACUCAGCCGCAGACUCGGCCCCAGACUCAGCCCCAGACUCAGUCCCAGACUUGGCCCCAGACUCGGCCCCAGACUCAGCCCCAGACUCAGCCCCAGACUUGGCUCCAGAUUCAGCCGCAGACUCGGCCCCAGACUCAGCCCCAGACUCAGCCCCAGACUCGGCCCCAGACUCAGCCGCAGACUCGGCCCCAGACUCAGCCCCUGACUCAGCCCCAGACUUGGCCCCAGACUCAGCCGCAGACUCGGCCCCAGACUCAGCCCCAGACUCAGUCCCAGACUUGGGCAUAGACCUGAUCCUGGCCAUGAUCUCCAUCCUCUUCAUUAUCAUUUCCACCAUCUCCUUGUCCCUGAACACUCUGCCCGAGCUACAGGUGGUGGACGAGUUCGGCCAGUUCAACGACAACCCGAGCCUUGCACAUGUGGAGGCCGUGUGCAUCGCCUGGUUCACCAUGGAGUACCUGCUGCGCCUGGUCUCUGCGCCAAACAAGUGGGACUUCAUCAAAGCUCCCCUUAACAUCAUCGACCUGCUGGCCAUCCUGCCGUACUACAUCACCCUGUGCUUGACCGAGUCCAACAAGAGCGUGCUGCAGUUCCAGAACGUGCGGCGUGUGGUGCAGAUCUUCCGGAUCAUGAGGAUCUUGCGGAUCCUGAAGCUGGCGCGCCACUCCACAGGGCUGCAGUCGCUGGGCUUCACGCUGAGGCGGAGCUACAACGAGCUGGGACUCCUCAUCCUCUUCUUGGCCAUGGGCAUCAUGAUCUUCUCCAGCCUGGUCUUCUUUGCGGAGAAAGACGAAGACUCAACCAAAUUCACAAGCAUUCCUGCCUCCUUCUGGUGGGCCACCAUUACCAUGACAACCGUGGGAUACGGGGACAUCUACCCGAACACGUUACUCGGGAGAAUCGUUGGUGGUCUGUGUUGCAUCGCGGGCGUCUUGGUGAUUGCGUUGCCCAUUCCCAUCAUCGUCAACAACUUCUCAGAGUUUUACCGCGAGCAAAAGCGGCAGGAGAAGGCGAUUAAGCGGCGAGAAGCUUUGGAACGGGCCAAACGAAGCGGGAGCAUCGUUUCCAUAAAUGUCAAAGAUGCCUUUGUACGAAGCAUGGAGCUCACAGACAUUCUGGUGGAAAAGAAAGAGGAGAACGAGCUGCUCACAGUGGAGAACAACCUCUCGCCGAGCCGCUGGAGCUACCACAAGCACUAUUCAAACUGUGAGUCCAGUCCCGGGCGUGCACAGCCUCAGUACAAGGAGGUGGCCCAGAAGGGGUCCCCGGAGAGGGGGAAGUGGUCGACUAAAAGCAGUCCGGAAAAAGGCCAGGAGUCCGAGUUGGAGAUGAGGGCGUUGUCGUCCGCCGAUAUGAGCAUUGCCAACAGACGAGGGUCCAGCUCAGAGAGGAGAAGCUCCAACAGCAGGUUCCGUAUGCCCACUCCUCUGGACCUGACCCAGAUCAGCGCCCUGGAGCCUCAGACAGAGGGGCCGCAAGCAGGCAUGGGCACCAUCAAAGAGGGCGUGUACGAGAUUGGCUCUCGGGUCGGCGUGGAGCCCACACUGGAGAGCGUUUGCAGCGCGCUGAGGUCCGGCCCUGCGCGCUCCAAAGUGGACUACAUCUCCACCCAGGAGGACUUGCUGACUGCCGUGCUCACGCCCAUCACCUCUGCGGACUCUCGCCUCUCCGAGAGCACGGCACAGACAGCGUCGCUGUCCUCGCUGCAUGCGCUUCACGAGGGGGACACAGCCGCCCUCAGCCCGGGGAGGAACCACCUGGACCGACCCACCGCUUCAGGCAGCAGCACCCCACUCUCCAAGACCAACUGUGCCCAGGAGAGGAGAGCUGUGGACGGGGCGGAGGCGGCGGCAGAGAGUGAGGAGAGGCGGGGGAACCACUCUGGGUGGUCCGUGUUUUGCUUCUGGUGCACGGACGCGGACGUGGACGCGGACACAGACACCGACAGGGACAGUAUGAGGUCCCUCUCGGAGCAGCUGCAGCAGAUGCGGACUCAGACUGAGGUGUGUCUGUACUCGGGCGAGCGACAGGUGGAGGUGUGGGCAGGCGUCAUGGCGAUGGCCAACCUGCCACUGCCGCCCGGCAACAAGUACCACCACAUCCAUGCGGAGGCGCUGGUGACGGAGAACAGCCAGGGCAGCAACCGCAAGGAGACUUUGGCUUCUCUCCAGCGUCUGUCCACAGCUCUGAACAUCCUGGAGAAGUACGGCUGUAAUCUGACCAACCCCAACCGGCCCAAGUUCUGGAGAACCGUGAAGCACAACAACCCCGUGUUCCGAGCCACCGUGGACGCCAUCCAGGGUGGCCGUGGCGUCCUUUCUCUCUACGGUUACUCCCUCCAAGAGGCAGACGGCCUCAGCUUCCCUCAGAACAUCUUGACUCCGGACGUCGGGCGAGUGGCUGCUGUGACUCUGGAGGAGGCUCAUCCACAUCCAGAGUUUUAUGAGAGGAUCAUCCCCACACUCAGACACAAGGACGUGGGUCUGAACACAGAUGUGGUUGGGCCUCAGUUCACUGCUCAUUCCUCCGGUCACAGUAAAUCUCUGGGGUUUCCCUCCAAACACCACUCAUCCAGGGGCACCUCCCACACAGGGGCCGAGCGGGGCCUCAAGUCCAUGCAGCCGAAGCACCCAGAGAACUGCUUCAUCUGUGGGAUCUUCCGGAUCUCGGUGCACUGCGUGACGUGUCUGCAGGGUCUGUGUUCAGAGUGCGACAAACUCUACCACAGCGGAGCGGAGCGAGGGGGCCACCAGCGGAGCCGAGUCACCGCCACACUGCCCCCUGGAGCCAAGAGCAGGAAACACAGCAGCUCCUCGUCCUGGAAGUGCUCGCUCUGCUCCAGGACAAACUCCAGCCAUGAGGUCCUGUGUGAGGAUUGUGAGAACCCUCGACGAGGCCUCAGCGGGGGGCCGGCAGCCGAGGAGAAGCCCCCCUCGUCCAUCAGCGAAUGGCAGUGUAAAAGCUGCACCGUGGUGAACGCCGCCUCCAGUGUGUUAUGUGAGGUGUGUGAGCGCCCCCGUCUGGCCACGCGCCCUCCUGUCACCCCCUCACACCCCCCCAUCACCCCCCCUCGCCCCCCCGCCCCGGUGCUGGGGAUGCCCGGAGACCCAGACAGCCAGUGGGUCUGUCAGUUCUGUACGUACCUGAACUACUCCCCGGCCACAGUGUGUGAGAUGUGUGACCUGCCCCGACCGGAGCCCCCUCCUCUGAACCGUCGCCCCCCCUCCCCAGUGAGGCGUGUCCCAGCGCUGUCCGUCAAAUCCAAAGAGCCCGCCCCCGAGAGCCAGGACAGCCGACGGCAGAGGGUCCAGAGGGAGGAGGGGCUACGGCUCAUACAGCUGAUCCGGGAGGGGGAGAAGAAAGGCCUGAGUCCGGAGGAGGUCUACACCAGCCUCCGCGUGUCCCAGGAUCCUCAGCCCUGGAAGUGGAUCAAGUCAGACCUGCCUCGAGUCCUGGCCCGGAUCCAAGCUCUGGUCACCACGGCAACGGACCGAGGGCGGAGCCACGGCAUUCAUGACUCAAAGUGGAGUGGGCUGGGCGAGCGAGGAAUUCAUAUCUCUAAAGCUGAGGCUAAACAUGCCUGGCUGUCAGCAGGGGGCGAUGUGGAGCGGGCCGCGACACAGGCGCUGAGGGACCGGCAGGCAAAGGUGGAGGAGUUGGGUUCUCUGGGGUUCUCUGACAUCCUUCAGGUGCAGGACGUGCUGAGCCAGGCAGGGGGUCAACUCAGGGGGGCUCUGGCCCUGCUGCAGAGGUCCAAACUGGAGCCUUUUCAUGACCGGAUCUGGAGCGACGCCCCGGAGCCUCCUGUGGACGUGCACCACCCCGACAAAGAUCGGAUCUGUCGCCGCCUCUUGGCACUGUACGAGCUCCCAAGCUGGGGCCGCUGCGAGCUGGCCCUGUCCCUGCUGCUGGAGCACAGCGCCCCCUACGCCCUGGACGAUGUGGUGCAGGCCGUCAAGGAGUCCCAUGACCGAGAGUUCAUCAAGAGGGUCCUGGCCAAAGAGUGUCCCAUCUGCCUGUCGGUAUUUCCUCACAGUAAAAUGCAGUCCUUGACCUCCUGCCAAUGCUCGGUCUGCUGUGGGUGCUUCCAGCAGCACUUCACCAUCGCUGUCCGGGACAAACACAUCCGGGACAUGGUGUGUCCCGUGUGCUGGGAGCCGGACAUCAACGACCCAGAGACCCUCAACAGCUACUUCUCCACUCUGGACAUCCAGCUGCGCGAGUGUCUGGAGCCCGAGGUGUACGAGCUCUUCCACAAGAAGCUCACGGAGCAGGCUCUAAUCAAGGACCCCAAGUUCCUCUGGUGCUGUCACUGCUCGUACGGCUUCAUCUAUGACGGAGACCAGCUCAAAGUCACAUGUUUCCAGUGUCGCAACAGCUUCUGCGCCCAGUGCAAGAAACCGUGGGAGUCUCAGCACACCGGUCUGACCUGUGAGCAGUUCCAGACCUGGAAGAGGGAGAACGACCCUGAGUACCAGAGACAAGGCCUGGCCGGGUUUCUGCGGGACAACGGCAUCACGUGUCCAAACUGCCGGUUCCAGUACGCUCUGUCCAAAGGCGGCUGUAUGCAUUUCUGCUGCUCCCAGUGCAGAUACCAGUUCUGCAGUGGCUGCAACAACCCCUUUCAUACUACUUGUGCUGUGGAUGAGUGCAGUGUGUCGGGGCUCCACGCUCAUCACCCCAGAGACUGUCUGUUCUACCUGAGGGACUGGGAGCCCUCCAGACUGCAGGCCCUGCUCCAGAAUAAUGGAGUGACCUUCAACACGGAGGCUCCUCCCGGGACACAGACCGGUCAGUGCGGCGUCCUGGAGCAGAAGGAUGAGGGGGGGCAGCAGUCGGACUCAGCCUGUGGAGCCCAGACGCAGGACGGACACGCCGGCCUCUGCGAGAAACAUUACCGGGAGUACCUGGUCAGUCUCAUCAACAGCAGCUCUCUGGACCCGGCUCCUCUCUUCACCUCCACAGAGCUGCUGCUGGCCUGCAGGAGGUACAAGGUGGAGGAGGCGCGGAGAGACGGGGAGGACAAUCUGGCCUUCUACACACGCCUGCUCGAGAAACUCAUGGACGAGGUUCCUCUGGGCGACAAAGUGCCACGAAAAAAACCCUGA